CAGAUCCAGCGAACAUGGCUGUGCGUAAGAAGGGGGGUCUCUAGUGUUUUCAUUCUCCGAUGAAGCGAUUGAGCGCGAGAUCCCGUCCGUGAGGCCGUCGCUGAGUGGAAGCCGGCUAUACCACGGUGGGUGCGAGGUCCAAGAAACUUCAUCCUUCUUUCUUUGCGGAGGAAGAAAAGCGACUUUUUUAUUGGGUGUUUUCUAUGGCGGUGACGGCGUUGGCGCCCGGAUUAUCCAGGAAGCUGAGGAAGGUGUUGGAGACGCGGACGGACAGCCCUGAUCUGUUGUCUUCUUUGGGAACCCUUUCCACAUUCUAUUCCGACAACACUCCGCAGGCCCGGCGUAACCUCAAAUCUUCCAUUGAGCAGCGCGCCCUUGCCAUCAACCAUCAAUUCCUUGAUGCCUCCUUUGCCGCCCAACAGGCGCUGGAUAGAGUGGAGGAAGAGAUCAAUGCUUUGGCUGGUUGCUGCGACCAGAUUGGAAAGGCAUUGAGCAGUUGCAGUGCUAGCACAGGGGAUAUCAUAAGUACCACAGAGAGGCUAAAACAAGAACUUGAGGUUACCACUCAAAGGCAAGAAAUUGUGUCAUGCUUCCUACAUGAUUACCAGCUUUCUAGUGAUGAGAUAAAUGCUCUGAGGGAAGAAGAACUUGGUGAGAGUUUCUUCAAGGCUCUAGCACAUGUUCAGGAAAUUCAUGCCAACUGCAAGAUAUUGCUAAGAACACAUCACCAGCGUGCUGGGUUGGAGCUAAUGGAUGUGAUGUCGGUUUACCAAGAAGGAGCCUAUGAGAGACUGUGCAGGUGGGUUCAAGCUGAGUGUAAGAAACUAGGCGAUAAUGACAACCCUGAAGUCAGCAAUCUUUUAAAGAUGGCAGUAUGUUGUCUCAAGGAAAGGCCUGUUCUUUUCAAGUACUGUGCAGAAGAGAUUGCAAAUAUGCGGCACCAUGCACUUUUUAGACGAUUUAUAAGUGCACUUACACGAGGAGGACCUGGAACGCUUCCAAGACCUAUUGAAGUGCAUGCUCAUGAUCCCUUGCGUUAUGUUGGUGACAUGUUAGGAUGGCUUCAUCAGGCUUUGGCUUCUGAAAGAGAACUUGUAAUUGCUUUACUCGAUCCGGAUGCAAAUAAUGAAACAAACUCUACUAUCCGUCACUUAUCCAAAAGUUCUGAGGAGAAUAAUGCUAAAUUUGAGCCUGAGAUGGUCUUCAUUCUGGACAGAAUAUUUGAAGGUGCCUGUAGACCAUUCAAAAUCAGAGUAGAGCAAGUUUUGCAGUCUCAGCCUAGCCUUAUUAUAUCCUAUAGACUGAGCAAUACAUUAGAGUUCUACAGUCAUACUAUUUCGGAUUUGCUUGGAAGAGAUACAGCUCUCUGCAAUACUCUUUGGCUACUCAAGGAUGCUGCUCAGCAAACCUUCUUCAACAUUCUUAAGAGUCGUGGAGAGAAACUUUUGAGGUACCCUCCACUGGUUGCAGUGGAUCUAUCCCCACCACCAGCAAUGAGAGAAGGGGUUUCCUUGUUGCUUGAACUCAUUGAUACCUAUAACAGCAUGAUGGUUCCUGCUUCUGGCAAAAAGCCAGAUUUUGAUCCUGUGAUUUCUGCUUUACUUGAUCCUAUAGUUCAAAUGUGUGAACAAGCAGCAGAAGCACAUAAAUCUAAAGCACUACAUUCAAGGAGAAGUAAAACAAGCUCUGAUCUGGGCUCUAGUAGCAGAGAUUCUUUGACAAUUGAUGCAAUGCUAAGCAAGAAGUCAUCCACCCUGUCACAGGAUGUUGAAACUUCAACCAAAAUCUACCUCAUCAAUUGCUUUUCCGCUAUUCAGCAGCCACUAGUAGGACAGGAAGUGGCUGCAGGUUAUGUUAAUAAAAUAACCUCUGCUAUUGAGACUAAUGUCAGUAUUCUUGUUCAGAAGGAAGUAGAUGCCAUUCUCUUGAAAUGUGGGCUGUUGAGUAAGUUGUCUUACAUCCAGAAAUUUACUACGGGAGAAAAUGUCAGUGAGGCUGGAUCAUUAUCAGAGGUGGAGGAGACUUCACCUUCGGUUCUAUCUGAAUGCCUGAGGACAUUUUUUGAAUUGGUUACUGCAAACCAGGGUUUUCUCCCAGAGUAUGAACAAUUACAAUUUCCAAGGCUGCGGUCAGACGCACGUACACGUGUGGCAAGGGCACUAGCAGAUGGUUAUGAGCUCAUCUACAAGGCAGUUAUUGAUCCCAACAACAGCUACCCUGACCCUAGGUCCAUGGUGAGACAUUCACCUGAUCAGAUUAGAACCAUUUUAGAAAUUUGAACAUUGGCCUCAUCGCAUGGCUGUGCUUUACAUUUUUUUUUAUAUGUUCUUUGGUCUUGCUUAGUCGAGCUUUUAAAUAAUUUUCUUGAUCAUAGUCUCAUGGUGAAAUUCCCUACAUUAGUUAAUGGUUCCUGGACUUGAAAGCACAAAGCACUAGCCGUCCCUUGAUUGGGCUUGAUGUUGUAUACCUGUGAAGUUUCACAUACUGUACCGUAAGAGUUGUAAUAGUCUAAAUAUUUGAUUUUACUGAAUAUUUUAUGGUCUAUGUUUCUUGGAUUUAUUUUA